AUGGAUUCCCGAAUAUCAUUCUUAUUAGUGCUCACGGCGCUAUGUGGCGUCACCACGGGUAACCCAGCGAAUUUCUUGACUCAAACCGUAUAUGGUUUCCUAGAUUUCACUACAACGAUAGGAAAUACGGUGAUGGUGUUCUCUCCACAUUCAGCUCCUGCACCAGAACCGGUUACGGAAAAAGCCAUCCAGGAUAACGUUAUAGAAACUAAACCACCCCCAACUACCAGUAUACAACCCGAAGCAAUAAAGCCCAGUAAAACAGCUAACAAAGAUAAAACGAACAAAGCAUCCUCUCUAAUUUUAGCAUCAAGUUCAGUGUCAGUAGUUACCUCGCCACCGAAAAGUGAAGAUAAGCCGCCCACUCCUAAAGCGGCCAACAAAGAACAAAAGCAAAUUAUUACUAAAGUUGAAGUGUUCACGGGUCCGUCAAAAAUAGUUGAGAAUAACCCUGUGAAACAAUCACAAUCUAAAGUAAAUAAGCAAUCUAGCCAAGGUGGAAAGAAAGAUACUAAAAAACAACAAACAAUUAAAAGUGUAACAAACGUUGUGAGCAGUAAAGUGGAGGUUAAACAAAAUAUACCACCAUCCGUAGUAAUAAAUUCAAAAAUUAAUAAAGUAACUGAGAGCCAAUCAACGAAGAAUGAGGAAGAGCCUGCCAUUUUGGUCAACAACAAUAACAUUGGUGAACCGGAAUAUGAUUAUUUAUCCAGACAACCUUCUGAAUUUGUGGAAGAAACCUAUCGAGUAAUAAAUUUGCGUCCAUCUAAAGCACAUGGUCAAAAACCAAAGGGUCCCAAAACUCGGGUUCAUCCCCCCACUCCACCACCUGAUGACGAAGAACACCCUCUGGGGCUUGUCACUACUCUUGGAGGGACAAUUGUUAAAGAUGGGCUUACAACCGUCCACGAAACAAGUGUUAUUGGUACAUACAUAUCGGGAAAAUAUGCUCAGGUUCUAAAUAGCAAUUCAAAAAUAAUACAAUCUGGUCAUAAAGGAAAGAUUUCUCCUAGCCCUACACAUAGAAUUUUAAAAACUGCGGCUCCUGCUAUAGCGAAAAAUCAUAGGCACAAUUUAGAACCAACUCCGUCAAUAAGUGAUGAAGAUUCUUUUACAAAGACCUCUCGACGACCGGGAAAUACUGGAAGCUCUUUUAAAAAUAGGCAUCGUUCACAAAACAAUGAAAAUGACAGCGUUGAGCCAGUCAAUCAGGCCAAAAAAUUCAAGAACAGAAAUUCGUCAAAUGGCCAACGGACAUUAAGUACACGAUUUGGUCGACCCACAAACACUCCUCAACUGGCAACCGUCUCUGUUUUCAGUGAAACUCCUGCGCCAUCAUUCUCGAACAGAAAAAAGAAUAACCGUAACUCUGGACAUAAAACUACCGUCACGCCUUCCAGUAACAACGAUAAUAAUCAACCCCGACGAGGUUUUAAACCUCGCGUACAGCCUUCAGCGGUUGAACAAGUCACGCCUUCUCCAACUACAAGUGUUUACAAAUUUAAACUAAAUCGUGCUCCAGGGUCUGGUCGGUGGCAAUACAAGACAAGCCCUAAGCCUAAAGUAACUAUUCGAAAAAUGAAUGGUGACGAUGAACAGACUACACCUAACUCAAAUCCUCUAUUUGACGAUGUGCAGUCAAACGAUGUUACCCCUCAAGCUCGCUCCGACAAUGAUCUCGAGCUGUCAGGAUCACAAACUGGUCCUGGUACUUUAUUGGAUAACGAUUCUGAAGACAAUUCUAUCGAGAAACCUCCACCAGUAGAAACUUUAAAAGUAGAAAUCUCUACUCCAGCUGACUUUAGUGAUGUCUACUAUGAAAUUGCAACCCUUAAGUCUCCAUUUACAUUCCAGGUUGGACGUGUUAAAAAUACUCGGAUUAUUACAGUUACAACGACUAUAGAAAAACAUAUUGAACCGACCUUAUCGCCGAGUUCUCUCAACGAACCCUUGACAGAAAAUAUAUUAGCCACGGCGUCCCCCUAUGGAAAAGAUCAUUACCUUUUAGAUUCAAGUAUAGCAACACUACCAGCCAUCACUCUAUCGUCUGAUAUCGAAACGCCUCCAUUAGAAACAGUAACCGAGACGUUUAGUACAACACAAAACAUGUUAAAAACGCAUAUUUUACCUAUCGUGAGAGAUUCUAACCAAACCAGCAGUUUAACGUUCAUACAAACAUAUCAAAUAACGCGUUUCGUAACCGCAACUAAAACAUUACCUCCAAUGGACUUCUUCCAGUUUAUUCCAAGUAAAACGUUAAAAGAAUUCAAUAGCCGCCUCGACGAAGCUGGAUCCGAACUUCAUUUGGAAUUAGACUUUGGCGAUAGCAAUGAGGACGAAGACGGCGUACCCAGGCGCGUAUUUCCUCCGGAUCUAGAUCUUGCCAAUAUCGGAUCUGAUUUCGAUCUCACUGAAAUAGAUAAAUAUAGAGACAAUCACUUACGACUUAAGAAAGCACACGGACAGAAUAAACUCAAUCAAGUUACGGAACCACCGAGCCCAUCGACGCCUGCUUUGAGUCCUGAACAAGCGCAGCAACUUGCUCUAUUACGAUUGCUUAAUCCUGCCGCCGCUGCUCAAAUACCAAAUGUCGUUACUACAUCGAAACCGAUUCUGAAACUCGAGACAAUAUACGAAUCUCAUGUGAUACCUUUCUUCGAUGGGAAAAAUACGGUUCAAAGCACCAUAUCGCGACCUGUUGCAACCGUAACAAGAACCGAGUAUGAAGUAGGAACUAGCAGUCUUCCCGCCCUUCCACUCAAUCCACUUUUCCCGCAGCAGUUCACUGUCACUUCCACGCCUGUGGUGGUGAAUACAGAAGUGAUUGCAACUAAUAGCCAGGUUCUGAAACUUACAUUUGGAGCUAAAACUGUGUAUACUACACUAUUUUCGACCGCAGUAGUUCCAACCGUAGUGACGUCAUACGUGACGUCAUCUAUACCCAUACAGCCAAGCGCUGCCCCAGGUUUCCCUGGCUAUUUUCCAGCACCAUUCGCUCCUUUCCCCUACGUGGGUUGA